AUGGAGUUUCGUAAAUUACCAAAGGCUUUUAAAAUAAUCCCCGCGCUGGCCAACUGGGAGCAGGUUCUAUAUUGACUGAGCCUAACCUGGACAGCAGCUGCCAUGUAUCAGGCAACAAGAAUCUUCUCCUCGAAUCUGAAAGAACGAAUGGCCCAGAGAUUUUUUAACUUGGUGCUGCUGCCCAGAGUUCGAGAUGAUAUCGCAGAGUAUAAGAAACUCAACUUCCAUCUGUACAGUGCCCUGAAGAAAGCCCUGUUCACAGGAGCCUGGUUCAAAGGUAUUCUGAUUCCUCUGUGUGAAUCUGGGACAUGUACUCUGAGGGAAGCCAUCAUCAUCGGCAGCAUACUCACAAAGUGCUCAGUCCCUGUGCUCCACUCCAGCGCUGCAAUGCUUAAAUUGGCAGAGAUGGAGUAUAACGGCGCCAACAGCAUUUUCCUGCGCCUGUUGCUUGACAAGAAAUACGCCCUGCCUUUCCGUGUCCUAGACGCCUUGGUGGCCCACUUCCUGUCCUUCCGCAGUGAGAAACGUUUGCUUCCUGUUCUGUGGCAUCAGAGUUUACUCACGAUGGCUCAGCGCUACAAGGCUGACCUGGCCUAUGAACAGAAGACAGCACUGCUGGAGCUGCUUAAGAUACAAAUACACCCUCAGGUCACCACAGAGAUUCGCAGAGAACUGCAAAACUCAGAGUCGAGGGAUGUCGAGAUCGGGCUUCCUGUUACAGUGGAAAUGGAUUGAGGAUUUAGCCCAGUCGGAUGCAUACUCCUCCUCUUCCUCUGAUGCAAAUGAUUCAUGUUUUCUUCAGCAUGGAGACAGAUUUAUUAAAUCUGACUUCAUCGAUCAUUCUGUUUUGUGAAAGGACAGUUUUUCUAAAGUGUGAUUCAUUACUUUGUAUCAGAGCUUUAGUAAGGUUCCUCUACUCGGAUGAGAUCACCCAGUUAAAAAUGCACGUCAGCAGUGACGUCAUUUCAGGAAUCUGUUCCAGUGAAGUCAUUGCCUGGAAAUACAAAGACUGGUAUUUGUGUACAUUUAAUGAAGUUUGUUGAAAAUAUUUGGAUUAAAAACCAAACUGAAACCUUCA